UGUUAUUUCCGGAAGUGAACCCUGCAGUUGUUGGAGUAACGAUGGCGAGUUCUUCGGGAAAGCAAGGCUCCAAAAAUGCCGCGAAGUCCGGAUCCGGGGCAGGCUCGGGCAGUAACAGCUCCGGUGGUGGAAGCGGGGGCGCCAUGAACAGCAUGUCCGGCUCCGGGGGCGCCGUUUCCCUAACCGGCGGCCUGAAUAAGAAGAAAAAGCCGUUUCUGGGCAUGCCUGCGCCACUGGGCUAUGUGCCCGGGCUCGGCAGAGGGGCCACCGGUUUCACCACUCGGUCCGAUAUCGGUCCCGCUCGUGAUGCCAAUGAUCCAGUGGAUGAUCGACAUGCGCCACCGGGGAAGAGGACGGUCGGGGACCAGAUGAAAAAGAAUCAGGCUGACGAUGACGACGAAGAUCUCAACGACACCAAUUAUGAUGAGUUCAAUGGCUAUGCAGGCAGCCUGUUCUCCAGCGGCCCAUAUGAAAAAGAUGACGAAGAAGCCGAUGCCAUCUAUGCGGCCCUGGACAAGAGAAUGGAUGAGCGUCGCAAAGAGCGGAGGGAACAGCGGGAAAAGGAGGAGAUUGAGAAGUACCGUAUGGAGCGCCCCAAAAUUCAGCAGCAGUUUUCCGAUCUCAAGAGGAAACUGGCUGAGGUCUCAGAAGAGGAGUGGCUCAGUAUCCCAGAGGUCGGCGAUGCCCGCAACAAGCGGCAGAGGAACCCACGCUACGAGAAACUCACUCCAGUGCCUGACAGCUUCUUCGCCAAGCACCUGCAGACGGGCGAUAACCACACAAGCGUUGACCCCCGGCAAGGGCAAUUCGGCGGACUGAACACACCCUUCCCGGGUGGUCUGAACACGCCUUACCCUGGGGGCAUGACACCGGGCCUCAUGACCCCCGGUACUGGGGACCUGGACAUGAGGAAGAUCGGACAGGCCAGAAACACCCUGAUGGACAUGAGGCUGAGCCAGGUGUCUGAUUCCGUGAGCGGGCAGACGGUGGUGGACCCCAAGGGAUACCUGACGGACCUCAACUCCAUGAUUCCUACUUAUGGUGGUGACAUCAGUGACAUCAAGAAGGCGCGCCUUUUGCUGAAGUCCGUGAGGGAGACGAACCCUCACCACCCGCCCGCCUGGAUCGCCUCAGCCCGCUUGGAGGAGGUGACAGGCAAGCUGCAGGUGGCUAGGAACCUCAUCAUGAAGGGCACAGAGAUGUGCCACAAGAGUGAGGACGUGUGGCUAGAGGCCGCUAGGCUGCAGCCGGGAGACACAGCCAAGGCGGUGGUGGCCCAGGCGGUGCGGCACCUUCCGCAGUCAGUGCGCAUCUACAUCCGCGCCGCCGAGCUGGAGACGGAUGUCCGCGCUAAGAAGCGUGUGCUCAGAAAAGCUCUGGAGAACGUGUCGAAGUCUGUGCGUCUGUGGAAGACGGCUGUGGAGCUGGAGGAACCGGAGGAUGCCAGGAUUAUGCUGAGCAGGGCGGUGGAGUGUUGCCCUACCAGCGUGGAGCUGUGGCUUGCCCUGGCACGGCUGGAGACGUACGAGAACGCCCGUCGAGUACUGAACAAGGCCCGCGAGAACAUCCCCACGGACCGGCACAUCUGGAUCACGGCCGCCAAGCUGGAGGAGGCCAACGGUAACACGCAGAUGGUGGAGAAGAUCAUCGACAGAGCCAUCACCUCACUGCGCGCCAACGGGGUCGAGAUCAACCGCGAGCAGUGGAUUCAGGAUUCCGAGGAGUGUGACAAAGCUGGCAGUGUGGCCACCUGCCAGGCAGUGAUCCGGGCAGUCAUCGGCAUCGGGAUCGAGGAGGAAGACUGCAAGCACACGUGGAUGGAGGAUGCAGAGAGUUGCGUAGCUCACGGCGCACUGGAGUGUGCCAGGGCCAUUUAUGCCCACGCCCUGCAGCAGUUCCCCAGCAAGAAGAGCGUGUGGUUGAGAGCCGCGUACUUUGAGAAGAACCAUGGCACACGUGAGUCACUGGAGGCCCUGCUGCAGAGAGCGGUGGCCCACUGCCCCAAGGCCGAGGUGCUGUGGCUGAUGGGAGCCAAGUCCAAGUGGCUGGCGGGUGACGUGCCCGCUGCCCGCAGCAUCCUGGCGCUGGCCUUCCAGGCCAACCCCAACAGCGAGGAAAUCUGGCUGGCGGCCGUGAAGCUGGAGUCGGAGAACAAUGAGUAUGAGCGCGCCCGCCGCUUGUUGGCCAAGGCCCGCAGCAGCGCUCCCACCGCCAGGGUCUUCAUGAAGUCCGUGAAGCUGGAGUGGGUGCUGGGCAAUAUCGAGGCGGCCCAGGAGCUCUGCACCGAGGCCCUGAAGCACUAUGAGGACUUCCCCAAGCUGUGGAUGAUGCGAGGCCAGAUCGAGGAGCAGUCAGGCAACAUGGACAAGGCGCGGGAGGCCUACAACCAGGGACUGAAGAAGUGCCCUCACUCCAUGCCCCUGUGGCUGCUGCUCUCGCGGCUGGAGGAGAAAGCGGGCCAGCUGACCAGGGCCCGUGCCAUCCUGGAGAAGUCCCGUCUGAAGAACCCCCAGAACCCAGACCUGUGGCUUGAGUCUGUCCGGCUGGAGUACCGGGCGGGGCUGAAGAACAUCGCCAACACAUUGAUGGCCAAGGCCCUGCAGGAGUGCCCCAGCUCAGGAAUCCUGUGGGCAGAGGCAGUCUUUCUGGAGGCCCGGCCCCAGAGGAAGACCAAGAGCGUGGACGCGCUGAAGAAGUGUGAGCACGACCCCCACGUCCUGCUAGCUGUGGCCAAAUUGUUCUGGAGCGAGCGGAAGAUCACCAAAGCCCGGGAGUGGUUCCAGCGCACGGUGAAGAUCGAGCCCGACUUGGGUGACGCCUGGGCCCUGUUCUACAAGUUCGAGCUGCAGCACGGAACGGAGGAGCAGCAGGAGGAAGUGCGUAAGCGCUGUGAGAACGUGGAGCCCCGGCACGGCGAGCUGUGGUGUGCAGAGUCCAAGCACAUCCUCAACUGGCAGAAGAAGAUCGGCGAGAUCUUGGUGCAGGUGGCCGCCAAGAUCAAAAACACCUUCUGAGCCUUAGGACUCCGCUCUCCACCCUGCGUAUGUCAGUCAGGACUCACCCAUCUCUCUUCAGGAGAAACACACUUUCUAAUCGCUUGCCAGUCAUGUUGGUCCCCAGCCCUGCUGUUUACUGAGAAUAACAUGUUCUGACUGCCUAUAGACUGUGGACAUACCCAGUGUGUGUUAUUCCAGACAGAAUGCUGUGUAAAAUGACGGCUCUCAAGUCGGCAAAAGUUUUGGAACCUGCAGUUGGAGUGUUCAGGACACAUCACUUUGCCUCCCUCAAUAUCCUGACCAAAUCUUAAUGUCCUCUGUGGUUGAUGGACUUUUUUUUUUCUUCUGUAUUUCCUCAACAAUUUCUCUCUCCCUGAUAUGUUUGGCAUUGUGUUCCUUAUUACAUGAAAUACUCGCAGUUUUGUGUUACACAAAAUGCUUGUCAUUUUUGGAUAGCUAGACAAGGUCUUCAAGUUCAUACAAAUUAAAAAGGUUCUUGUAAGGAUUUAGUCUUGCAUGUGUAAAUACAAGCUCGUUUUUAACUGUUUUCUUGGUCACAGUUAAGGGUAGUGCGCACUCUCGUCUUGCUGUACUCAUGUCGUACUUGUAGGCGGUAAAGACCUCCUGCUCUUGGCCUUCCAUGCUUGGACAGAUGGCUGUCACCUGCCUGCUGCCGUUGGCUUUACAUUGGCCUCCUCUGUACGUUUUUAAGAGGCUUGUAGCAGUAGCUUGUCCACGGACUCCAGUUCCUCCAUGAUCAUUGGAAAUAAAUGGUGUUGAUCAAG